AUGGAUUCUUCAAAGCCUAACUUUGCACCUGCUGGUGCUUCUGAAACAAAGACUGUUGUGAAAGGUCACCGCAAAAUACCCGUUCCGCAGCAUAGACUUUCACCAUUAAAGCGACACUGGUUGGAAAUUUACUCUCCUUUGGUGGAACACAUGAAGCUUCAAGUUCGAAUGAACGUCAAAGCGCGAGCAGUUGAAUUACGGACAUCGCCUUCCACAGACGACACAAGCGCUUUACAAAAGGGUGCAGAUUUUGUGCGUGCAUUUGCAUUAGGAUUUGAAGUACAGGACGCCAUGGCAUUGUUGCGUUUGGAUGAUAUCUUUUUGGAAUCAUUCGAGAUCAAGGAUGUCAAGACUUUGCACGGUGAUCAUUUGGCUCGUGCUAUUGGACGUAUCGCAGGUCGUGACGGCAAGACAAAGUUUACGAUUGAAAACGCAAGCAAGACUCGAAUCGUUCUUGCUGAUACGAAAAUUCAUAUCCUCGGCUCGUUCCAAAACACCAAGAUUGCUCGAGAUGCUGUCUGUAAUUUGAUUCUUGGUAGUCCGCCAGGCAAGGUCUACGCUUCAUUGCGUACAGUCGCUGCACGUAUGAAGGAACGUUUCUAA